CUUAAACCUGAGACAUCAUUUCUGAUUGUCAGCCAAAACAGUAAAAAAAACGAAAGAAAGUAAAAACAACAAGUUACCGAAAUGAGAGCCUCAAGAAGACUUUUAUGGAAACUGUCUAUCAUAGUUUUGUUGGCAGUAUUUUCUCAACUAUCCAUCUCAGGGGUAACCAACUGUUCAGCUGAUGAUGGCGCAGAGACUGGUAACAACAGACGUGAAACCGCCGAGAAAAAACCACCGCAAGCAGGAAAACGUAAGGGCAAAGGCGGUGGUGGCGCCAUCCCCCAAGGAGUCGAGAUGAACUGGCCAGGCAAAUGGGAGCUAUUCCUCAAAAACUCCGGCGUAUCUGCCAUGCACGCUAUUCUUAUGCCAUUGAUCAACAAAGUACAGUUCUACGACGCAACCAUCUGGAGAAUCUCGCAGAUCAAGCUCCCUCCAGGCAUACCUUGCCACGUCUAUGAUCAAAAGGCUAACAAAAUCGAUUGUUGGGCUCACUCUGUCCUCGUCGAUAUCGAAUCCGGAAACAUCAGACCUCUCGCGCUUACAACGGACACAUGGUGUUCCUCGGGAGGUUUAACCGUAAACGGGACUUUGGUUAGCACCGGAGGAUUCCAAGGAGGAGCAAACACGGCGAGGUACCUUUCUACGUGCGAAAACUGCGCAUGGGUCGAGUAUCCAAAGGCUUUAGCUGCAAGGAGAUGGUACUCAACACAAGCCACUCUCCCUGAUGGCACUUUCAUCGUCGUUGGAGGUCGAGACGCUCUCAACUACGAGUACAUCCUUCCCGAAGGAAUGGACAACAAGAAACUAUAUGACUCGCCGCUUCUUAGACAAACAAAUGAUCCAGACGAAAACAAUCUGUACCCUUUCGUUUGGCUCAACACUGACGGUAACCUCUUCAUUUUCGCGAAUAAUCGUUCCAUCCUCCUUAGCCCGAAAACUAACAAAGUCAUCAAAGAGUUCCCUCAGCUCCCCGGGGGAGCAAGAAACUACCCCGGGUCAGCUUCAUCGGCUCUUCUCCCUAUUAGACUCUACGUCAAAAACCCUGCUGUCAUCCCCGCUGAUGUACUCAUCUGCGGGGGUGCAAAGCAUGAUGGAUACUACCGUUCGAAUUCGAAAAAGAUUUACGACCCGGCCUUGAAAGACUGCGCGAGGAUUAGCCUCAACAGUGCCAAACCCGUCUGGAAAACGGAGAUGAUGCCAAUGUCCCGCGUCAUGAGCGACACUGUCAUCCUCCCCAACGGAGAAGUCCUCAUCGUGAACGGCGCCAAACGAGGUACUUCCGGGUGGGGCUGCGCUAAAGACCCGAACCUUUCACCGAUCUUGUACAUGCCUAGCAAACCAAUAGGCAAACGUUUCAAAGAGCUAGCUCCUUCAAACAUCCCACGCGUGUACCAUGCCAUCGCCAUCACUCUUCCCGACGGUAAAGUUCUUGUCGGCGGAAGUAACACCAACAACGGUUACAAGUACAACGUCGAGUACCCGACGGAGGUCCGUGUCGAGAAAUUCUCGCCGCCUUAUCUUGACCCGGCUCUUGCCAACAUGAGACCGAAGAUCGUGAACACGGCGACGCCGAAACAGAUCAAGUAUGGACAAGGGUUUAACGUUAGGAUCGAGCUUAAACAAGCAAAUGUGUCAAAGGACAAUGUUAUGGUUACGAUGUUGGCACCACCGUUUACCACGCAUGCUGUAUCGAUGAACAUGAGGUUGCUCUUGUUGGGUAUUUCUAAUGUUAAGAAGGUGAAUGGAGAUUCUCAUGAGAUUCAAGCCGUUGCUCCUCCUAGUGGAAACGUUGCUCCUCCUGGCUAUUAUCUUCUCUUUGCCGUCUACAACGGUGUUCCCAGCGUCGGAGAAUGGAUUCAGAUUGUUUGAUUUUAGUUUUUAAGUAUAUAUAUAGUUUUAUGUUAAUAACUAUAUUUUUGCAAUGAACCCUUCUCCUCCUCCUCACCAAUAAUAACAUUUUUGUAACACAAAACCAUUUUUUGCUAUUAAGGUAAAAUAUUUUUUUUUGAUUCGUGUAAUUACUAUUGUUCAAACUUUAAACUAAUUUUUUAAUUGAAAUAACAUAUUUUAGAAAAUUAUCAUA